AUGGAAGAAAUCAAUUAUCUCGUCGCUCUGAAAUAUCCAGGAAAGCUUAUUAUUGUACACCUUGACAGUUUAGAAGUUCGAGUCGAGCGCUCUCCCUGCCCAUCAACCAGCUUUUAUACCCCUGUCAGCUAUCGGCACAUUUUCUUUGCAUGAAAAAACAGAGCAAUCUUAUAUGAUCAUUUAAAAGCAAAAAUUGAAAUUGAAUACCCUCCUAUUCCCAAAACUCUACCAUCUAUGAUGCCAAUAUGCUAUGAGGACAAAAUUUGGUUGUUUUCAGGAGAAGACAUUGCAUAUGUAAUCGACAUGAAAACUCCUUCAGGCUGAGAAAUGGAAAGUACUGGCUUCCGGACUAUUUCUAAGAAUUAUUGCUUUCUUAAGCCAAACUCUUUAGCUGUCAUCAAAUCUUCACUGCUUUCUGACACUUUUGGUUGCCGAUUUGGAGGUUUACAGAAAGAUGUGAAUUUAACAGUGCUAAAACUAGAUGGGCUCAGCCAUACACAGCAUAAUAUUUCUUUGCCUUUUCUAGGACCAUUUGGAUGCGUCUCAGUGAACGAUAGGACUAUAAUGAUCUUUGGAGGGUAUGAUGUAAUUGAAGACUCAAGCUUUAAACUACUCUCAGAAAACUUAAAGAUCGUUCUCCUUAAUUACGAAAGAAAUACCUAUGAGCAAGUAGGGAGUUUGCCAUAUAAACUCGACGAACCAUGUAUUUUUCAACCUCCAUUGUUGUACAAAAAUUGUGUAUAUUCGAUAUCGAGUUGGCAAUUAGUGAGAAUUGAGAUAUCUACAAAUGAAGCCAGCAUUUUUUCUCUUAGAGAGCUUUCAAAAAAAGUAGCUUUUAACUUUUUGUGGAUCUAUAAACAAUGCACAUUAGGGAAGGCUACAGGAUCACUGAUGCUUGACAAGCUCCCCCUCUCCAUAAUCAGAGCUAUAGUAGCUGACUAUUACCUUCCUAUUUUAACCUAA